UGUAUGAAACGUGAACCUUGAUGGCCGCUAGAAACUUUGAUAAAAAAAAAACAAUUUCACUAUCUUCACUUGUUUAUUAGUGGUUAUACUCUUUGGUGUAAGCAUUUUGUUUGAGAGGGGAUUACACGGACAGUAGAAGUGUAAUCGUUUAAAUUUCGUGGAGAAAUUGAUAUCUACAAAACUGGAGGUCUUGCAAAAACCGGAGGGCGGCGACAUGUCGGUCGUAGCGCGACGGGAUUCCGGAGACUAUUCAGAUUCCCAGGACAUCGAGCGAAACUCGACAAACGAUGGGCCGGAGUCCGACUACGACUCAGCGGCCAGCGACUCCGAGCACUCGGACCAGGACCCUGAGAGUCAGGAGACAGAGAGGCGAGUAGAUGAUGAUGAAGACAGGAGUAACCCUCAGUACAUUCCGAAGCGGGGCACAUUCUACGAACAUGACGACCGAACUGCAGCCAGCGGCGAGGAGCCGGCGAACUCGGCGUCGGAGCCCUCCUCCGAGAAGAAGGAGGGCUCCCCGCCCGCCGAGCGCCGCCGCGCGCCGCGCAAGUCCGAGGUCAUCGACCGCUGGGCGCACGACAAGUUCAACGAGAACGAACAGGCGCCGAAGUCGCGCGACGAGCUGGUGGCGAUCUACGGCUACGACAUCCGCAACGAGGACGCGCCGCCGCACGCGCGCCGCAACCGCAGAUACGGACGCGGGCCCAACAAGUACACGCGCACCUGGGAGGACGAGGAGGCGUACCGGCGCGCGCAGGCCGCGCCGCCGCGCAAGCCGCCCAACCCGGACGACUUCCCCGACCUCGACACCGCGCACAAGCACAGCCGGCGGCUCCGCGGGCCGCGGCCGCGCUCCAAGUCGCAGCCCGCGUCCAACGAGUCGCUGUCCAACGGCACCGCCGCCGCGCCGCGCCGCCACGCCGCCACCAAGCCCAAGCCCGAGCCCCGGCCCCACGCCGACGCCAAGCCCACGCUGCCCAAGCUGGAGAACCUCACCAUCACCAGCACUGUACUCAACAACAACAACCAGCCGACGCGGAAGGUGAACGCCGUGGCGCAGCAGCGGCCCGUGCCCACAGACCAGGGCAAGAAGAAACCGCCAGCACAGCCGGCGGCGCCGGCGCAGCAGCAGAAGGCCUCCGCUCCCGCGCAGCCCGCGCAACCGUCCGCAGGCGCGGAGCCCCGCGGCAGUAAGCGGUACAGCAGCCUACGGCAGCGGCCGCUCGCAGAGCCCUACUCGCCGCAACAGUCGCCGGGACAACAACAACAACAACAACAACAACAACAGCCGCAGAUGCGCUACCACCCGGAGUACGCGGGCGGCGCGCACCAGCCCGCCGCCGCGCCGCCGCUGCACGCGCAGCAGCAGCAGCUCAUACACCCGGUGCAUCGGAACACGGGGCAGGCGCAGCACGGGCCGGCGCCGCAGCAGCACCCGCAGCAACACUCACAACAGGUCCGUCACGUGGGCAUGGUAGAGCCGCAGCUCAUGUCGCACGCGCACCACAACAUGCACAGCCUGCCGCCGCAGCCGCACUCUAUGGCUGCGGCGCCCAUACCGCAGGCGCAAGGCUACGCGCCGCCCGCCAUGAUGCCCGCGCAGUACAUGCAGCAAGGCGGCAACGGCGCGGUGUUCGGCGGCGCGGCGCUGUACGCGGCGCCGCCGCCGCAGCCCUACCCGCACCAGCUCUACCAGCAUCACAACUAUGCGACGUCGGCGGGCGGCGUGACGUACUACAGCGCGGUGGAGCAGGAGCCGCCCGCCGCCGCGCCGCGCCCGCGCCGCCCCACCGCCGCCAUCCCCAUCGUGCCGCCCCACACCCACACGCACGCCGGCAGGCCCGACAGGCCCGCGAAUCCGUCUGAGAAGGACAACAUAGACAGGAUCGUCGAGAACAUGUUCGUGCGGAAGCCCUGGCCCGGCGCGCAGCCCGGCUUAGAUGGCACCGAAGACCCCGACAGCCGUAGUGUGAAGGCGGGCGAGAGCCGCAAGGAGUCCUCGCAGCCCGGCAGCCUCACCUCCAGCUGCCUCUCCACCGACUCCGGCAAGCCCGAGGAGCACGCCGCAGACAACAUGUCAGAGGUACGCACCACACCACACCACACCGCACCACAGCCCGGCAGCCUC